CCUUGAGGUCGUCCUUCUCCACUGGCAUUGCCAACGCCGACUGGUUGGACAACUCGACUCGCGCCAACGCGCAAACGAAGCUGUCCAAGUUUGUACACUUGUUGGGUGGCCCGGAGAAGCCACAGAUGUACCCCACGCUGACGCUGGACUCGAAGUCGUAUUUGAACAACCGGUGGAAGCUGUCUCAAGUGAACAUCGACACCAACUUGAAGCUGAACGGUCAACCUGUGGACAGGCGCAGGUUCAACAUGGCCCCCCAUGAAGUGAACGCGUACUACAACAGAUACGUGAACCAAAUUGUGUUCCCGGCUGGCGUUUUACAAAAACCGUUCUUUGACCGCCAGUUUGACGCCGCCCAGAACUUUGGUGCCAUCGGGAUGUUCAUCGGACACGAAAUUACCCACGGGUUCGACAACAUCGGCCGCAAUUACGAUGGCGACGGCAACUUGAAACAGUGGUGGUCAAACGCCACCAACGAUGCGUUCAAGACGAAAGCCCAGUGCAUUAGCGACCAGUACGCCAACUUAGUCGUCACGAGCGAAGUGACUGGCGUUGUGUUGGGCAAAAUCAGGGGCAAUAUCACUUUGGGCGAAAAUAUUGCGGACAACGGAGGGCUCAAGACCAGUUUCCGCGCGUACCACGAGUACUUGAAGGAACACCCGUCCCAGUACACGGAAGAAGCAGGCGACAAAUUGUUCUACUUGUCAUACGCCCAAGCCUGGUGCUCCAAGAGCACGGAUGCCUACCUCCGCGCGAUUUUGAAGACGAAGUACCCACCCUUUCGGUACCGCGUGACAGGGGCGUUGCGAAACAACGCUGAGUUUGCUCGUGUGUUCCAGUGCCCCACCGACUCGUAUUUGAACCCGUCCAAGAAGUGCUUGUUGUGGGAAUAG